AUGGAGCCUCCUCUCGCCGAACUGACACCGGAUAACGGUGCUCAGUCGACACCCAUCAAGGGCCGUCCAUCGCAUGCCUUGGCAAAUGCGGUGCGCCGCUUCGCCGUCGACAGCGGCUCGACUCUGUUUGCCACGGCGGUUAUGACAGUCUUGAUAUUUGGCGGAUGCUGCUCCAACAUCGAUUCCAACCAUGCGCUUAUCCACGUAGGAACGCUCGUCACCUUUGUUCAGUUCCUGUUCAUCGCCAUCACUGGUUACAUUGCGCAAUUCGACAGGACACGGCCGCCGUUCUUCGUGGCUCCCAAUGUCGUCCCUCUUCGCCGCUGGCUCGUCAAUAUCCUGCUGUUCUUCAGCAUCAACGUGUUGAACAACCAUGCCUUUAGCUACAACAUCUCCGUGCCGGUCCACAUCAUCCUCCGAUCUGGAGGUAGCAUCACGACCAUGGCUGCUGGCUACCUUUGCGGCAAAUCGUAUUCUCGAGCCCAGAUCUUCGCAGUUUUUGUCCUCAGCAUUGGCGUCAGCCUUGCCGCCUGGUCCGAUUCCAAAGCCAAGAAAACGUCUGAAGAUGGUGCCGACCCCGUAUUCAAUCCCGGGCUUUUGAUUAUCUUUGUGGCCCAAGUUCUUUCGGCCGUCAUGGGCCUGUAUACCGAGGCAACGUAUCGAAAGUACGGGCCGCAGUGGAAAGAGAACCUGUUCUACUCCCAUAUCCUGUCGUUGCCGUUGUUUCUGCCCUUUGCGCCCUCCAUGUGGCGCAAUCUACUCGUGCUAAGCAAGAGCACGCCUCUUGAAUUGUACAUACCGUUCGCUGCGCCGCUGCAGCCCGUGCGAGUCCCGUCCCAGCUGGCCUAUCUCUCGGCCAAUGUGCUGACUCAGUAUGCCUGCAUCAGAGGUGUGAAUCUCCUUGCAGCGAACGCAUCAGCGCUCACUGUCACGAUCAUCCUGAGCAUCCGGAAGCUCGUAAGCCUUUUGCUGAGCAUCUGGCUGUUUGGAAACACUCUCACAGCCACUACUCUUCUCAGCGCAGCAGUGGUGUUUGGAGCCGCAGGCCUCUACAGCGUUGCCCCGAAACCGGCUGUGUCAGAGGAGAAGAAGAAGGCUUGACCU